AUGAAAGCCCUCACCCUCUCCUCCAAACACGGCCCCCCACUCCUCACGCACCGCCCCCUCCCCCGCCUCCGCCCCACAUACCUCCUCGUGCGCGUCCACGCGGUGGCGCUCAACCCCGCGGACAUCGCGGUCGUCGACUGGGGCCUCGGCGAAGCCGACACGCUGCUGGGCUGCGACUACGCCGGCGUCGUCGAGGCGGUCGGCAGCGAGGUGCAUAGGGACUUCAAGGUCGGGGAGAGGGUCUGUGGCGCGAUGAGGCCGGCGGAUCCGCAUGAGCGGGAGAAUGGGUGUUUUGCUGAGUGGGUCGUUGUCAAGGCGGAUAUUGCUUGGAGGGUUCCUGAGGGGCUUGGGUGGGAGGAGGCGGCGACGCUGGGGGUGACGGGGUUGACGACUGGGAGGUGUAUGUACCAGAAAUUCAAACUCCCCUGGCCUGACCGCGCCGAGAAGAAUCCCGGCUGGAUGUUCAUCUACGGCGGCUCCAGCGCCAUGGGCACUAUGCUGACACAAUUCGCCAAGUUGUCAAACUACGAAGUCAUCACGACCUGUUCGCCGCAGAAUUUCGAGCUUUGCAAGUCCUUCGGCGCGGCCCACAUCUUCGACUACCACGACCCAGAGACACCCAAGAAAAUCCUAGAUCUCGUCGGCGAUUCCCUCAACCUCUGCGUCGACUGCAUCUCGACCGAAGAGACGGGGGCUUUCUGCGCCAAAGUCCUCGCGCCGAAGGCAAAGUACUCGGCGUCGCUGGUGCCACAAUGCCCGCGCGAGGAUGUGGAGAUGUUCAGCACGCCCGGGUUUUCCUUCAUGGGCGAGCCGUGGGAGCAGUUCGGGGUGAUGAAUCCGGCGAGUAUGGAGGAUUUUGAGUACUCGAAGGGGUUUGCGAUUUUGGCGGAGAGGCUGUUGGCGGAGGGGAAGGUGAGGCCGCAUCCGGUUGAUCUGAGGGAGGGUGGGCUGGAGGCGAUUCCGGAGGCCAUGGAGGAUUUGAGGGCGAAGAGGGUUAGUGGGAAGAAACUUGUUUUUCGGGUGAGGGAGUGA